CCUUUCUCUCUCUCUCUCUCUCUCUCCCCACCUCUAUAUAUAUUAUGUACAGCCAAGUCUAAACGAUAAGCAUGUGGAUUUAAGAUUCAAAUUUUCAUCAGAGAAGGAGAGAGAGAGAGAGAAGAGUAUGGCUGGUCUGCAGAGGUCUACAAUUUCUUUCAGAAGGCAAGGUUCAUCAGGCCUGGUAUGGGAGGACAGGUUCUUGUCAGGGGACUUGAAUCAAAUGAAGCAAAAGGAAGAGGAAGCAGGCGUAGAAACAAGAGAGCUGACUAGAAGCAAGAGCGUCGGAUCAACCGCGACGAUGGAACGUAGCAGGUCCAACGGAGGACGGGGUUACCGGACUGGAAAGGUGUCUCCGGCCAUCGACCCACCUUCCCCCAAGGUGUCUGCCUGCGGUUUCUGUUGCGCUUUCAAAAAACCAGCGAAUACCCGUCGACCCAAAUCGAGCUGAGAAGAUGGACCCUUCAAACAACCUAUCAUACUCAUGAAAAGGCAAGAUGCCAGGAGGAAGCCGACUUGUGCAUCGAACUGGGGACCCUGGUUGUUGGGCCGUCCGUGGAUCGGGUCAACUUGGCACCCAAAUUGACUGCAAUUCUGAAUUCUCUCAUUCUCUGUAAAUUCAUUUUGUUUAUGUCUUGCGGGUUUGGGAUCGGACCCGGGCUGACCCAGAAGAACACCUAUGGUCCACUUGGGCUACUUUAGAGGGCUGCAACAGCUCAUUGUGCUAAAAAAGGGGCCCAUUCAAACCUAACAAGCCUACCCCAUUCAACCUGACUUUACUAGUUUCACAUUAAGUGUGGGUUGACCCGUUUAAAUCCGAGUGUAUGGUAUGGAGUGUGGAAAGCUUGGUUGAGUGCCCGUUCGAGAGGGCUUUCACGCGGCGGCUUUUGGAUUUUGCGAUGCUGGGCCCAUCCAGACAGCCUGUGGCGAAAACCUAAAGUCAAAUUAGCUGUUUUUCAGCCAAAAAUGGCUUUCUCUUUCUCUUGAAGGUGAAUUCUUCAAAGCAACUCAACCAAAGAUUCAACCUUCCCAAACGACGGGCUCUGGUUGCCCCUUGACUUGCUUCAGUCCAAGCAAUAAUUAGACGAUAGCAAGUAGAGGUAAGUAUGUGUCAAUUCAGUUUGGAAUCAAAAUUAAGAUUGGUUUUAAACUCUAUCCAUAGAA